AUGGCGACGGCAAUGGCAAAGCGCCUCGAAGGCAAAACAAUCCUGGUGACAGGCGCAUCGUCUGGAAUCGGCAAGAGCACCGCCAAGGAGUUUGCUCGCACAUCGCCCAAGGACCUGAAGCUGAUUGUGACGGCGAGACGGCUCGAGUCUUUGCAGCAGCUGGCGCAGGAGAUCAAGGAGGAAGUUGGCGACGGCGUCAAGGUGCUGCCGGUGAAGCUGGAUGUCAGCAACCCCGAGGAAAUCAAGAACUUUGUGCCGUCCCUCCCCGCAGAGUUCCAGGAGAUUGACGUUCUGGUCAACAAUGCGGGUCUUGUCAAGGGUGUGGCUAAGGCUCCUGAAAUCGACACCGAGGAUAUCAAUGUCAUGUUCUCCACCAACGUGACCGGCCUGAUCAACAUGACCCAGGCCGUCCUUCCUAUCUUCAAGAAGCGGUCGGAUGGCGGCCGCGGCGAUAUUAUCAACAUUGGAAGUAUCGCCGGCCGCGAGCCAUACCCCGGUGGCAGCAUCUACUGCGCCACCAAGGCUGCCGUCAAGUCGUUCACCGAGGCUUUGCGCAAGGAGCUCAUCGACACAAGAAUCCGGAUCAUUGAAGUCGACCCCGGUCAGGUUGAGACGGAAUUCUCGGUUGUGCGAUUCUAUGGUGACAAGUCCAAGGCCGAUGCCGUUUAUGCUGGCUGCGAGCCUCUUACACCCGAUGACAUUGCCGAAGUCAUUGUCUUUGCUGCGGGACGACGAGAGAAUGUCGUUAUCGCUGACACAUUGAUCUUCCCAAGCCAUCAGGCAUCUCCCGGCCACAUGUACCGCAAGAACUAG